AUGAAUGGAUUAUCUCUCAGCGAGCUUUGUUGUCUAUUUUGUUGUCCGCCAUGUCCAAACAGAAUAGCAGCCAAGUUGGCAUUCCUCCCCCCAGAACCCACAUACUCUCUCAUUUCUGAUGAAGCUGGGUCUAAGCACAGUCUUCAUUUGACAGACCGAGCUGAAUGGCAAUAUACACAGCGUGAGUUAGACUGUAUAGAAGUGUUUAUGACAAGAACUUCCAAGGGAAACCGUAUUUCAUGUAUGUUCGCAAGGUGCUCACCAAAUGCCAAAUUUACCAUUUUAUUCAGUCAUGGAAAUGCUGUGGAUUUAGGACAGAUGAGUAGUUUUUAUAUUGGACUAGGAACUCGUAUAAACUGUAAUAUAUUUAGCUAUGAUUAUUCUGGCUAUGGACCAAGCUCAGGGAGACCCUCCGAGAAGAAUUUAUACGCAGAUAUUGAUGCAGCAUGGCAAGCACUUAGAAUGAGAUAUGGUAUAAGUCCUCAAAAUGUUAUAUUAUAUGGUCAGAGUAUUGGUACAGUUCCAACAAUAGACUUAGCCGCAAGAUAUGAAGUAGGAGCUGUUAUACUCCACUCACCAUUAAUGUCUGGAAUGAGGGUAGCUUUUCCAGAAACAAAACGAACAUGGUUUUUUGAUGCCUUUCCUAGCAUUGAUAAAGUUCCUAAAAUUACAUCACCAGUUUUAGUUAUACAUGGUACUGAAGAUGAAGUUAUAGACUUUCAACAUGGAUUAGCUAUUUAUGAAAAAUGUCCUCGGAAAGUUGAACCAUUGUGGGUGGAAGGAGCCGGCCAUAAUGAUGUAGAGUUAUAUGGACAAUAUCUUGAAAGACUUAAACAAUUUAUUAAUGAGGAAUUGGCCACGAUUUGA